AAAAAGGAAAUAUAAAUGGUUUGGUUUUUAAUAAAGUGGCGAUGACGAUCCUAACUAAGAGACUUGUGUCUGAUCAGUUUCGUACGUCGGGCCAUUCAGCGGGGAAUUACACCGAAUUUCCGGCCAUGGAAUUCUAGAGCCUUCUAUUGAGGGUUUGUGGUAGCUGGAUUCUAUUGCCUUUGUUGGUGAAGCUCAAUAUGGGUAUAGAGGAAGAUUUUUCUGUAAUUUAGGGUUCUUGCGUUAGGGGGGUUGAUUCAAAUGGAGGACGGUGUGAGAUCUGGGGGUUCGUCGGGGGUUUUGGUGAAGACUAGGAACUCGUCUGGUUGCUUAAUUGUUAGAAAAAAAGAGGAUGGAUUAGGAGGUGCUGGUUCUUCGGCCUCACGCUUGCUUAAUGCAAAGAAGGAGAAGAAGAGACCUAGGUUGGUCUUGAGUGAUUCUGGGUCCAGCGAUGAGGUAUUGUUGCCUAAUCGUAGACGGGUUGGUCCUGAAACCAUUCGGGUUUGCAAUGGUUUGAAUUCUUUUGGGAAGGAUGUUUUGGACGGGAGUGGAAGUAUUAGAAAGAAGGAUAGGUUGCAGUAUGUUAAGCGGAAUGAUGAUGGUUUAAUCAACAGGAUGGAUCUUGAUGGUUUACGAAGAAAUAUGGACACCUUAGAUGUCUUUGAGUUCGAUGAGUACGAUGAAAUUGAUGGUGAUGCUAGGCGGAUGAAGCAUUUUAAUGACAGUGGAGAAAGACGGUUUGUUGGUGCCAUGAAAUUGCCUCAAAGUGGCAUCGAGAGGGAAUUUGGAACCACUUCUAGCAGGCAUGGUUUGGUGGACAAGAGGAAGAAUUUGUAUGCUGAACAAACCAAUAGCUUUGAUCGGGACAGACCUUCAAGAAAGAUUACUUACGACUCAGAUGAUGAUGGACCUCACCUCCCAACACCUUUGUUGAGAGAUAAGUUUAGGGGUCAUUCCGAUGAAGCAAUCAGGGUUCAGGGGAAAAAUGGAGUUUUGAAGGUCAUGGUGAAUAAGAAGAAAAAUGUGAGUGGAGCUUCCGAUAUUUAUGAGCAUCGCAAAUUAGAAGAAAGUAGAAAGGGUCUAAGGACUGAAGAUACCCUGAAAAGGAAAGUGUUAGUUUCUCCUUCACUUCACCCAGAAACUAAGCCCAAUGUGAAACAGGAUCUCUUUUCUAAGCCAGAGAAAGACCAUACAGAUUUUCAAACUUCGGCAUCAACAAAAAAUGUAAAAGGUAGCAGUUGGGAUUCAGGUGAUGGCAGUGUGUCAUUGAAGGCGAGAAAAAAGGUUGUUGAAGCUCAGAAAUCUACCAAGAAGGCAGCUUGUGAAGUUGAAAAAGUUCCAUGUGAAGAUACUCCCCCAAGUACAGCAAAGGAAGGAAAAGUAAAACGAGGCAGUGGAACAGAGAAACAAAAGCUACGUGAAAGGAUUAGGGGAAUGCUCCUUGGUGCUGGCUGGAAAAUCGAUUACAGACCUAGAAGAAAUAGAGAUUAUUUAGAUGCUGUCUAUGUUAAUCCCACUGGAACAGCUUAUUGGUCAAUUAUUAAAGCUUAUGAUGCCCUUCAAAAGCAAUUGAACGAAGGAGCAGAAGCUAAACCUAUUGCUGAUGGUUCAUUUACACCAAUAUCAGAUGAUAUUCUUAGUCAAUUAACCAGGAAAACUAGAAAGAAAAUUGAGAAAGAAUGGAAAAAUAAGCGGAGAGAUGAUAGUGACAGUGAAAAUGCUAAAGAUGCAAGUGCACUAAGAUCUGCUGGUACAAAAAAUGACAUGGACAGCAUGGACAGUGACAGCAACGAAGAAAAGUUAAGCUCUUUCAUAAAGCAGGGUGGAAAAUCUUUAAAAAAUAAAUUGAACGAUAAUGGGUUACCCAGUGUCAACUCCAAAGGUCAAACUUCUAGUAAGUAUUCGCGUGAUGCCAUUGUGAAAUCUUCUUCUGGAUCCAAUUCACGUGUUUUACAUGGAAGAAAAGGUAGAAAGCUUGGAUUGUUGGUUCGUGGAUCUAGUAGGGGAUUAGAUUCAGAGAAUGAUGGAUAUGUUCCAUAUACUGGUAAAAGGACUCUGCUUUCCUGGCUUAUUGAUUCCGGAACUGUGCAGUUGAGCCAAAAGGUCCGGUACAUGAACCGCAGACAGACCCGAGUAAUGCUGGAGGGGUGGAUUACCAGAGACGGCAUUCAUUGUGGUUGCUGUAGCAAAAUCCUCACUGUCUCAAAGUUUGAGAUACAUGCUGGAAGCAAACUACGCCAACCUUUUCAAAACAUCUUUCUGGAGUCUGGACUUUCUCUUCUGCAGUGCCAGAGAGAUGCAUGGAAUAGACAGGAGGAGUCUAAACUCCUCAGUUUCCACACGGUUGAAAUUGACGGUGAUGAUCCGAAUGAUGAUACAUGUGGCAUCUGUGGAGAUGGUGGAGACUUGAUCUGUUGUGAUGGGUGUCCAUCAACGUUUCAUCAGAGUUGUUUAGAUAUUCUGAUUCCUCCUCCUGGCGAUUGGCACUGCCCAAAUUGUACUUGCAAGUAUUGUGGAGUUGCCAGUAUUGAUAUUUGUCAGGGAGACAAUACCAGUGUUUCUGAGAUAUCUACUUGCAUAUUAUGCGAGAAAAAAUUUCAUGAAUCCUGCAAUCUGGAGAUGGAUACUCCUGUUCAUUCCAGUGGUCUAGUCACUUCUUUUUGUGGCAAGAGUUGCAGAGAGCUUUUUGAGAGUUUGCAGAAGAAUCUUGGGGUGAAACAUGAAUUAGAUGCAGGAUUCUCUUGGUCUCUUAUCCGUAGAACAAGUGAAGAUUCAGAUGUAUCUGUUCGUGGACUUUCUCAAAGGAUUGAAUCCAACUCUAAACUGGCUGUUGCAUUAACAGUUAUGGAUGAAUGCUUUUUGCCUAUUGUUGACAGGAGGAGUGGGAUAAAUCUAAUUCAUAAUGUUCUUUAUAACUGUGGAUCAAACUUUUAUAGGCUGAAUUAUAGUGGCUUCUACACUGCUAUUUUGGAAAGGGGUGAUGAAAUCAUCUCUGCAGCAACAAUCAGGUUUCAUGGGACUAAGUUAGCUGAAAUGCCAUUCAUUGGUACCCGCCAUAUUUACAGGCGUCAAGGAAUGUGCCGUCGGCUUUUUUGUGCAAUUGAAUCUGCUCUCCGCGUGUUUAAGGUUGAGAAACUGAUUAUACCAGCAAUUGCUGAGCUCAUGCACACUUGGAAUGUGAUUUUUGGCUUUAGUCCUUUGGAGCCAUCACUCAAGCAAGAAAUGAGAUUGAUGAAUAUGUUGGUGUUCCCUGGAACAGAUAUGUUACAGAAGCUGUUAAUCCAAGAGACAAUUGUCGAGGAGAAUACUUCUAAUGGCUCAGGUGCAAAGCAAACGGAUUGUCGAAGUACAGAGUUUAGUAGUCCUAAGAUGGAAACAGAGACUUCAUCCGGUCAUGAACCUCAAAGUUGUGAUGACACGGAACAGCAUCACUCUAAGGAGAAAACAAAAGAAGCAGCUGUCCUCAAUGCGAAUCCUGAAUCCGUGUCUGUUUCUCUAAAUGAUACUUCUGCGGCAAAUAGUCCUUUGGAUACAUUUUGUGAAGUUAAAACGUCAUGUUCACCAAUGCAAACUGUAAAUUCAGAAUCUGAUUCUGGUGAUAAAGUUAAAUCUUCGUCUCCAUCUGAUUCAACCAACUCUCUUCAACAGGAAAAUCAGCCUGAAAUUCAGCAUGGUAUAGAGGACCAUGUGCAGUCCACAUCCCAACGUGUUGAAGUGGAUAUAUCUUCGGACAAUUUUCAUGAACCUAAGGUUAAAGUUUCAGAUGAAGGAAUCAUUUGUUCCAACUCUCAUGAACCUAAGGUUAAAGUUUCAGAUGAAGGAAUCUUUUGUUCCAACUCUCAUGCUGGACACGAAUUGGCUGACUCCUUUUCUGAGAAGAAAUCGAUUUCUCCUGCAAUUGGCAAUGGCAUAGAUGAGUUUAGAAAUGAUACACCGGCAGUGGAUUGUCCUGAAGAUGAUAAGCCAUUCAAUAAGAUUAAUGGUCAUGAAUUCCAUGAAGAAGAUGCCCAUGUUAAUGCUCUUGAACCUGCUCAUUCGGUUGAAAAUUUUGCCAAUGACAUCAUCAGUGAAAAUCCACUUGUCUCUUCUACUAGUUUGUGUGACACUAAUGGACGCCCCUUUGAGACUACAUCUGAUGGCAAAAAUCCAAGACCUUAUGGGAAAGAAACUAUUUCUGAUGGAAUUUAUGACAGUGAAAAUUCUCCACGGUCAUCAUGUGGGGCAAAAGCCAAAGGUGAUUCACAUGAAGAGAGCUGAAUCUGGUUCGGUUUGAAGUUGCCUCCAUGUUGAUGUUUCAUCUCCAAAUUAUCAUGCAACCACUUUGCUGGUUUGUCCAGGGCUCUGUUGCUGAAUAACUAGUGAUUACAUUGAGAUGAGUCGCAAUAAUUGAUAUUGCUAUUUGACAGCAUUUAUUCAAUGUUAUACUGUUCAGAGUUUGGCAUUUAGGUCAUAAUCCAACUUCGGUGAUUGUUAACACGAUUUUUUCUGCCCUGGAGUUCACAGUGGUUCCCUUGAUGGAAGUAGCAUUGUUCAAUUCUUCACCCUUUCUCUUCUGAAAUUGCUGCUUUGAAAGACGAACUCAUUAUACUGGCUGGCUUGGAAGCUCAGACCUUCACAGUAUGGCCGAAACCUGAUUCGGGGUAUCUCCAUUCUUGAUCAAGGUCAGCUAAUCUCUUGGAGCAAAAUCUUCUUGUAGUUUUAAGGAUUGAUCUCACAUAGUUCCAGCGCCGAUUUGUCUCGAACUAUCUGGUAUCUUAUGCUCUGUGCCUUUCCAACAACCACAACUGAGAGAGACAGAAAAUUAAAAUAACUCUGUGGCCUUUUCAAGUUCUCAAGGAUUUCUGGUGGGGUCUUUAACAGAAAUAUAUGGACAUAAUUAAGAAUAGUAUGGCCACCUUGUUGUAUAGACUGUUUUGGUGGAGUCUCCAGACUCGUCCAACAAUGAGAGCUUGCUUAAUUUAAAAGCAUUUUCUGGGAAGCUGCUUCUUUGCCAACCAUGAGAGCUUAAGGGGGGUUUGGUUAACAUGUGUGUGAAAGCAAAGGGUAAAAAGAUAUAGUUUUUAGUUAGAUUUAGAAAUGAGGAGUCCAUUGUUUGCUAACUGUUAUUGGAAUUACUUGUUAUAUUAAGAUGAAAUUGUAAUUAUUUGGUGCACAUGUAUUUACUUUGAAUUACUGCCCUGAAGAUUUUGCUCCACAUUUUUCUCAACCCCUCAAACUAUAUUGUCUCUCUCUCUUGAAUCCAAGUUUGAACUCCAAGUGUUUUUUUUUUUAGUAAAAAUUUGAAGUGUCCAUGAGAAUUGUGUAA